UACUUAAUGUACCUUGAAUCAAAUCACUGGCAACUCUGGCAGCCAGCUGGUAAAUUUGGCGAGAUAUUUAUGAUUUAAAUUGCUAUUUGCACGCAUAAACUUAUCCGAAAAAAAUUAAUUUCAAUUCAUAAAAAUGGAUAAUAAUAAUCAAAUAUUGGUUGACACCGAACCAGAAACCAGCUUAGAACAUGAUGGGGAAGAAGGAAUUUUGGCAAUUACAAGGAAUGCAACAAAGAGCUUGUACAAUAUAACUUUUGAAAAUUUCGACCAACACGAGAGUGUGGAAUUUAAGAACUACGAAAGCCGUCUCCAAAAGGAAAUUAAAGACUGGAAGUCAUUAUUUCAAACUGCUUAUAAUGAUCUGAAGAAAUCAGAACAGAAGCAUCCCAUAAUAGACAAGUCGAUAUUGCCUCAAGAGAAAAGAGAAUACUUGGAAAAGGCGCCUUGCCUACAAAGCUUCAUUAGAGAAUCUUUGGCGUUUCGGCGACAGGCGUACGAAUUUCUAGAAAUUGAAUACGCAGAGGCUAUGGAAUUGGCUGCAUAUCUUGAGGAAGAAUGCGAGCACCGUCUUCUCCAGGUAAAGACAGAAAUAUUAACAGAAAAUCUAGCAUCUUAUUCAAGAAGAUCAAGUUCUGGCUGACACAAAAUGGAGUUUUUAAUGAGUUUCAAUAAAAAAGUAAAUUAUUUUCAAAAAUGUGUGGUUUACUAAUAACUAAUGCAAA